AUGGCCCACAACUACAACCUCCAGCAGCUCCGCCACUUUGACUUCAGCGCCGUCAUGGAGGCGACCACCGACGAGUCCAAGGCAGUCGCGUGGGCCAUGGAGGUGGGGCUGCUGGAGCGGUCGAUGCUCUGCCCUCAGUGCGCUCAGCCCAUGCGGCUGAACGCGCCCAAGCGCUACUGGCGGUGCUGCAGGAAGACCCGCCACGCCGAUGGGAAGCAAGAGCAGUUUAGCAUCUUCGUGAACUCUUGGUUCUCGAAGAUGAAGCUCGAGCUUUCCCAGGCGUUGCGGCUGAUGUUUGCGUGGUGCAUGCGAACACCCCAGCCCCAAGCAGCGCACAUGGCCAACGUCAGCGAGAAUACGGCGUCAGCAUGGUACGCUGCAUGCCGCGUCCUCUGCUCCAAAGAGCUUUUGAGUGGCGAGUUCAAGAUAAAAUUUUGGCUUUUGACAGGGCGGUGGUUCGGCCGCGUCGUGUACGACAAGCGUACGAAGGCCACUCUGCUGCCGAUUAUCAAGAAGUUCAUCAGACCUCGGACUCGGAUUCACUCGGACAUGUUUGCUUCCUACGUGGCUGAGCGUGGUUCACAAGUGCAUACGCUCGCCAACAACCGCACGUUAGUGAGUAUGCACUACGAGCACAGUUGGGUGAAUCACACUCUCCAUUUUGUGGACCCUGUCUCUGGUACACGUACGAACACCAUUGAGGGGUUGUGGGAAAUGCAUAUCAAACGUCACAUCAAGGAGAUGAGCGGCUGGAGUAAGAAUUACCCGGAUGGCUACAUCGACGAGUACAUGUGGAGGUCGUGGUUUUUUUUUCCAACGAGGGCCUCUCCCGGUGAGUUCAUGUGCGGACUCGUACAGGCUGUGCAGCGGCACCCACAGCAGGAGGAGUAA